UCCUAUAAAAAGGCAUGGGAGACUGCCGUUAAAGCACAUUUCGGCGAUCAACAAACCGAAAGCAACAUGAAAACCAUCCUCUUUCUACUGGUCGUUGUUGGAAUUGCAAUCGUAGCAAACAGCGAAGAGUCUAAGAAAGGAAUAAAGAAAGAUGUUUCAUUUGAUAAAGGCAAGAAAGGGUCUGUCGACAAUCUGAGAAGUGAAAAAAAUGUGAAAAACAAAUACAAUUUAAAAAAGGAUUCAAAUAGACAAAUUGGAAUGCCUGGAUUGCCUGUAAUGCCUGGAUUGCCUGGAAUGCCUGGAAUGCCUGGAAUGCCUGGAAUGCCUGGAAUGCCUUCAAGUAACCCCUCAUUAGUCACACUUAUUGGGAUACUAAACAAUUUGAACUUGGACUUUUUUGGAUUUUUAAAUUGUACCUUUAACAAGCUUAUGAUAAAUUUGGACCAAUGCCAUCUUCAACUCGGUGACCUCUCUUUAAGAGGCGAUACCCUAGACAGAUUUGGUCGCAAGGACAGAUGCGAUAAUUGUGGAACGAAUUCAAGUGACCCAUUGCAAUCUAUGAACGAGUUCUGUCCGGCACUUAAUAAUAUUACGAGUGAUGUGGGUUGCAUUCUCAUUCAGCUUUCUUACUUCGAUUGCUUCGAUUACAUUGACAAAUGUCUUACGGCAUUUCUGAAUUGUGCCGGAAUAUAUCUUAGUUUACUUUUUAAUAACGAAAUAGAUUGUGACGGUUUAUUAAUCUUUCUUGAAUAUGUCUUAGAGGUUCUUGGAAAUAUUUUAGAUACUUUAUUUGACGGUUCGUUUGGAACAACCACUCCAAACGUACCAGAUUUCUGCUUAGCAUUAGGCUUAGACCAAAAGCGGAAAAUAUAAUCGACGAAU